AUGGCUUCCAGUCCGCUGCCGGGGCCCAACGACAUCUUGCUGGCAUCGCCGUCGAGCGCCUUCCAGCCCGAUGCGCUGAGCCAGCCGCGACCUGGUCACGCCAACCUCAAACCCAACCAGGUGGGCCAGGUGAUCCUCUACGGCAUCCCCAUCGUGUCGUUGGUGAUAGACGGGCAGGAGCGCCUGUGCCUGGCUCAGAUCUCCAACACGCUCCUCAAGAACUUCAGCUACAACGAGAUCCACAACCGCCGCGUGGCGCUGGGCAUCACGUGCGUGCAGUGCACCCCGGUGCAGCUGGAGAUCCUGAGGCGCGCCGGGGCCAUGCCCAUCUCUUCGCGCCGCUGUGGGAUGAUCACCAAGCGCGAGGCUGAGCGCUUGUGCAAGUCGUUCCUCGGCGAAAACAGGCCGCCCAAGCUCCCCGACAACUUCGCCUUCGACGUGUCGCACGAGUGCGCCUGGGGCUGCCGCGGCAGCUUCAUCCCCGCGCGCUACAACAGCUCGCGCGCCAAGUGCAUCAAAUGCAGCUACUGCAACAUGUACUUCUCGCCCAACAAGUUCAUCUUCCACUCCCACCGCACGCCCGACGCCAAGUACACGCAGCCGGACGCAGCCAACUUCAACUCGUGGCGCCGGCACCUCAAGCUCACCGACAAGAGCCCCCAGGACGAGCUGGUCUUCGCCUGGGAGGACGUGAAGGCCAUGUUCAACGGCGGCAGCCGCAAGCGCGCGCUGCCCCAGCCGGGCGCGCACCCCGCCUGCCACCCGCUCAGCUCGGUCAAGGCGGCCGCGGUGGCCGCGGCGGCCGCCGUGGCCGGGGGCGGGGGGCUGCUGGGCCCGCACCUGCUGGGGGCACCCCCGCCCCCCCCGCCGCCCCCGCCCCUGGCCGAGCUGGCGGGCGCCCCGCACGCGCACCACAAACGCCCGCGCUUUGACGACGACGAGGACUCGCUGCAGGAGGCGGCCGUGGUGGCCGCCGCCAGCCUCUCGGCCGCCGCCGCCAGCCUCUCGGUGGCCGCGGCCUCGGGGGGCGCGGGCGCGGGCGCGGGCGGCGCCGGGGGCGGCUGCGUGGCCGGUGUGGGCGCGGGCGCGGGCGCAGCGGCGGGCGCCAAGGGCCCUCGCAGCUACCCGGUCAUCCCGGUGCCCAGCAAGGGCUCGUUCGGGGGCGUGCUGCAGAAGUUCCCGGGGUGCGGGGGGCUCUUCCCGCAUCCCUACACCUUCCCCGCGGCGGCCGCGGCCUUCGGCUUGUGCCACAAGAAAGAGGACGCGGGCGCUGCGGCCGAGGGGCUGGGCGGCGCGGGCGGCGCGGGCGCGGGGCCCAAAGCGGGGCUGUCGGGCCUCUUCUGGCCCGCGGGCCGCAAGGACGCCUUCUACCCGCCCUUCUGCAUGUUCUGGCCGCCGCGCACCCCCGGCGGGCUGCCGGUGCCCACCUACCUGCAGCCCCCGCCGCAGCCGCCCUCCGCGCUGGGCUGCGCGCUCGGCGACAGCCCGGCCCUGCUGCGCCAGGCCUUCCUGGACCUGGCCGAGCCGGGGGGCGCGGGGGGCAGCGCCGACGCCGCGCCCCCGCCGGGCCAGCCGCCCCCGGUGGUGGCCAACGGCCCGGGCUCCGGCCCCCCCCCGCCGGCGGGGGGUGCGGGCGCGCGCGACGCGCUCUUCGAGUCGCCCCCGGGCGGCAGCGGCGGGGACUGCAGCGCGGGCUCCACGCCGCCCGCGGACCCGGGCGCGGUGUCCGCCGCGGGCGCAGCCGCCGCCGGGGCCGGCCCGGCGGGCGCCCGCGUGCCCGCGCCCCACCACCCGCACCUCCUGGAGGGGCGCAAGGCGGGCGCGGGCGGCUACCACCAUUCGAGCGCCUUCCGGCCGGUGGGCGGCAAAGACGACGCGGAGAGCCUGGCCAAACUGCACGGGGCGUCCGCGGGCGCGCCGCACGCGGCCCAGGCGCACCACCACCACCACCACCACCACCCGCACCACCACCACCACCACCCCCCGCAGCCCCCGUCGCCGCUGCUGCUGCUGGCCCCGCAGCCCGAGGAGCCGGGAUCCGAGCGCCACCACCCCGCCCCGCCCCCACCCCCGCCCCCGCCCCCCGCGCUGGCCCCGCAGCCGCACCACCGAGGCCUUCUGUCCCCCGGGGGCACCAGCUGCAGCUACCCCAGCGAGGACAGCUCCGAGGACGAGGACGACGAGGAGGAAGAGCAGGAGGUGGACGUGGAGGGCCACAAGCCCCCCGAGGGCGAGGAAGAGGAGGAGGGCCGAGACCCCGACGAGGACGAGGAGGAAGACGAGGAGACAGGGGUGCUCCUAGGGGACCCCUUGGCCGGGGGCGGCCGGUUCCUCCAGGGCCGAGGGCUGUCGGAGAAGGGGAGCAACCGGGACCGCGCGUCCGCCGCCGCGGGCGCUUUCCCGCUCGCCCUGAACUCCUCCAGGCUGCUCCCCGAGGACGCGAAGCUGGGUGACCCCGGCGGAUCGGACCUGCCGCCCCCGCCCCCGCCCCUGGCCCCCCAGAAAGCGAGCGGCGGUGGUAGCAGCAGCCCCGGCAGCCCCGUCCACCAUCCAUCACUGGAGGAGCAACCCUCCUACAAAGAUAAUCAGAAAACUAAGGAAAAUAACCAAGUUAUUUUAUCUACAAAGGAUGACAACAACUUUUCAGAUAAGAGCAAGGAACAUAGCUUUUUCAUCACAGAUUCUGAUGCUUCCGGAGGAGAUUUUUGGAGAGAAAGAUCAGGUGAACACACACAAGAAACAAAUUCACCUCAUUCGCUCAAAAAGGAUGUAGAAAAUAUGGGGAAAGAAGAACUUCAGAAGGUUUUAUUUGAACAAAUAGAUUUACGGAGACGACUAGAACAAGAAUUCCAAGUCUUGAAAGGAAAUACAUCUUUUCCAGUAUUCAAUAAUUUUCAGGAUCAGAUGAAAAGGGAACUAGCCUACCGAGAAGAAAUGGUGCAACAGUUACAAAUUAUCCCCUAUGCAGCAAGCUUGAUCAGGAAAGAGAAGCUUGGUGCCCAUCUCAGCAAAAGCUAAAAGGUGCACAGAACCACUUAGUCUUGUUCUCUUGUAAGAUACAGCCUGCCACUGAGCACUUCUGACCCACAUAAAGACUGUGAAUUGAAAGGGCUUGGGAAUCAAAUGCUAAAUCAGGUUUGGGAGAACACAAGGACACGUGACCUCAAGCAGCAUGGACAACCAUGUAAAAUAGACUGUAGCGGCCAUUUAUUAGUGGGGGGAGGGGGGAGCCAACCAGAGCAGCCAAUGCUUGUCGCAUCUUUUGGUGGAACCAAAGUUUGAGUCUUUGUGUUUUUAAAGGCCAACUGGACCCAGAACGUGGGCGUGCUGUUAGCCAACCGGGGUGGGAAAUCCAUGGACGGUCCCAAGUGGUUUCAGGGCUGCACACUUGAGAGAGCAGCUCUACAAGACUGUCUUUUAUGUCUGAAGAAGUGAUUCUUGUUUGGAAAGAAAACACAAGACCUGUCCUAAGAGUGGGGAUCACGUUUCGACAGCCAGGAUGGCAUUAGCCGUGCAAACCUGCUUUUCAUAACAAACUGGACAGACUUAUGUGUGGCCCCUUCCUCUCUGGUACUUUGCCUGCUGUAUGAAUGAAGAUUGUAUUCCUCUGGAAAUAUUUUACAGUUUAAUAUUGAGUGUAAUUAAGAAUAUAAUCAUGUUAUCAAAAAUGGUAUUUAACUCUGUUGUAGU